GCAUCGGCUACGACGUGAAACGAUGUACGUGUUUCAGACGUCCCUUGGGGAACCCGUCUGCUCCGCCAGAUGUUCUUGUGUAGUUCACUUCAGUUCGCUCGUCACCCAAGCGGCUAAAUGGUCCCGCUGCCUGCGCGAAACAUCACAGCUUCUUUCCUAACUCAAUUACGCGGUUGACUGAAAAUUGCUGUGAUGAGCAUCAACACUACUGAUUAAGCUCCUUAAAGGUUUGAAACGACGCUGAAGACGUGUUGGGAGGUGGUGCUGCGAUGUGGAGCACCAGAAAAGUGUUCCUCACGCCGAGACGGAGUUCCUGAAGAUGGCGGGCUGUUCUCGAGAGUUCCGCUGGUCCUCCUUCUUACUCAGGGAUGAGGACCCGCGGGCAUUCUACAGGUCCCCGUGGCUGGUGAACCAGAGGAUUUUCGUAGCCUACCGCGUGACCUUGGCGGUGAUUCUGGUGGCCAUCUUGGUGUGGGACUUUCUGGACGGGCCGUACAACAAGUGGCACAUCUACUACACCAACUGGGGCUUCACCCUGCUCACCUGUCACGCCGUCUGGGCCGCCAUCGUCUGCGUCAUUGGCUACAGAACCGAGCGGAGCACUAAUGAUUCCGAGUCUGACCGAUCGUCCACGAGCGACGACGACGACGUGGAAGCGCCGCCCGAACUCAGCCACGGCUACGUCGAAGUGCCCGAGGUCAAAAGCUAUGACGUAAACAAGCUGAAGGACCCGCUGAAGUGGUAUCAUAAAGUAGAGUGGGUACUUUUCAACACCGCUAUCCCCCUCGCUUUCUAUUUGACAACGGCCUACUGCGGUUUCCUCUCCUCGGGCACUUUUAAAGUCAUCAGCGUUUUCGAACACAUCAUGAACACCGUCCUGGCCACACUGGACCUGUUCAUCUGCGGCAUCCCCGUGCGAUUGCUCCAUAUCCUACACGUCUUCAUCUUCGGAUGGAUUUACGCGGGCUUCACCAUCGUGUACUGGGCGGCAGGCGGAACGAACGCCGAGGGGGAACCGUACGUCUACUGGUUCGUGGACUACUCCUCUCACCCGGGCCGGGCAGCGUGUUUCAUCGCCGGCAGCGCGCUCGUGGGGACCUCGGCCAUCUACCUCUUCGUGUACGGACUCUACAGGCUUCGGGUUGCUAUGGUAACGUGCGUGACGGGAGUCAAGGCCAGGAAGGUCGCUGCGGUGCGAAGUAUUUCCACCGACUCCACAAAACCCUGUAUCACUUAG